CCGGCGCGCGGGCUUGCGGGCAGGCGGCGGGCACCGUGCGAGGAUCGGCCACCGGCGAGCGGGAGAUCGAGCGCGCGUGGAGCGUGUCAUGGAGCGGAGGGCGCCCCGCGCCUGCCUCGCCCUCCUCUGGGGCUGCACGCUGGUGGCGACCGCGGCGGCACAGGGCAAGGAAGUUGUUCUGUUGGACUUCGCUGCAUCCAAAGGGGAACUGGGCUGGCUCACAAGUCCCUAUGGCAAAGGGUGGGACCUGAUGCAGAACAUCAUGGACGACAUGCCCAUCUACAUGUACUCUGUGUGCAACGUGGUGGCCGGCGACCAGGACAACUGGCUCCGCACCAACUGGGUAUACCGCGGCGAUGCCGAGCGCAUCUUUAUAGAGCUCAAGUUCACCGUCAGGGACUGCAACAGCUUCCCCGGCGGUGCCAGCUCCUGCAAGGAGACCUUCAACCUCUACUACGCUGAGUCGGACGUGGACUACGGAACCAACUUUCAGAAGCGCCAGUUCACCAAGAUCGACACCAUUGCGCCUGAUGAGAUCACGGUCAGCAGUGACUUCGAGGCACGUCAUGUGAAGCUGAACGUGGAGGAGCGCUCUGUUGGGCCACUGCGCCGGAAGGGCUUCUACCUGGCUUUCCAGGACAUCGGCGCCUGUGUGGCUCUGCUCUCCGUCCGGGUCUACUACAAGAUGUGUCCUCAGCUGCUCAAGAGCCUGGCCUCCUUCCCCGAGACCAUUGCCGGCUCUGACGCGCCCUCUCUGGCCACCGUGGCUGGCACCUGCGUGGCCAAUGCCGUGGUGCCUCCCGGUGGGGAAGAGCCCCGAAUGCACUGCGCGAUGGACGGCGAGUGGCUGGUGCCCAUCGGUCAGUGCCUGUGCCAGGCGGGCUAUGAGAAGGUGGAAGAUGCCUGCCAGGCGUGCAGCCCCGGGUUCUUCAAGUCUGAGGUGUCCGAGAGCCCCUGCCUGCCGUGCCCUGCACAUACGCUGCCGUCCUCCGAGGGGGCUGCCUUCUGCGAGUGUGAGGAAGGCUACUACCGGGCACCGCUGGACUCACUGGCCUUGCCCUGCACACGUCCGCCCACCGCCCCAAACUACCUCACCGCCGUGGGCAUGGGGGCCAAAGUGGAACUGCGCUGGACGCCGCCCCAGGACAACGGAGGCCGGGAGGACAUCACCUAUAGCGUCACCUGUGAGCAGUGCUGGCCUGAGUCGGGCGAGUGUGGGCCCUGUGAAGCCAGCGUGCGCUACUCGGAGCCGCCGACCGCCCUCACUCGCACCAGCGUCACCGUCAGUGACCUGGAGCCGCACAUGAACUACACCUUCGCCGUUGAGGCCCGCAAUGGCGUCUCGGGGCUGGUGAGCAGCCGCAGCUUCCGCACUGCCAGUGUCAGCAUCAACCAGACAGAGCCUCCCAAGGUGAAGCUGGAGGGCCGGAGCAGCACCUCGCUGAGCGUCUCCUGGAGUAUCCCCCUGCCUCAGCAGAGCCGCGUGUGGAAGUACGAGGUCACCUACCGCAAGAAGGGAGACUCCAACAGCUACAACGUGCGCCGCACCGAGGGCUUCUCCGUGACCCUGGACGACCUGACCCCGGACACCACCUACCUGGUGCAGGUUCAGGCACUGACCCAGGAGGGCCAGGGUGCCGGCAGCAAGGAGCACGAGUUCCAGACGCUGUCCACGGAAGGAUCGAGCAACAUGGCGAUGGUCGGCGGCGUGGCAGUCGGUGUCCUCCUGCUGCUGGUGCUGGCAGGAAUCGGCUUCUUCAUCCACCGCAGGAGGAAAGGCCUGCGAGCACGCCAGUCUUCGGAGGAUGUCUACUUCUCCAAGUCAGAACAACUGAAGCCCCUGAAGACGUAUGUGGACCCCCACACGUAUGAGGACCCCAACCAGGCUGUGCUCAAGUUCACCACGGAGAUCCACCCAUCCUGUGUCACUCGGCAGAAGGUGAUCGGCGCAGGAGAGUUUGGGGAGGUGUACAAGGGGAUGCUGAAGGCGUCGGGGAAGAAGGAGGUGCCCGUGGCCAUCAAGACGCUGAAGGCCGGCUACACGGAGAAGCAGAGGGUGGACUUCCUCAGCGAGGCCUCCAUCAUGGGCCAGUUCAGCCACCACAACAUCAUCCGCCUGGAGGGCGUCGUCUCCAAAUACAAGCCAAUGAUGAUCAUCACGGAGUACAUGGAGAAUGGGGCGCUGGACAAGUACCUCCGGGAGAAGGACGGGGAGUUCAGCGUGCUGCAGCUGGUGGGCAUGUUGCGGGGCAUCGCGGCGGGCAUGAAGUACCUGGCCAACAUGAACUACGUGCAUCGCGACUUGGCCGCCCGCAACAUCCUGGUCAACAGCAACCUGGUGUGCAAGGUCUCAGACUUUGGGCUGUCCCGCGUGCUGGAGGAUGACCCCGAGGCCACCUAUACCACCAGUGGUGGCAAGAUCCCCAUCCGAUGGACAGCGCCCGAGGCCAUUUCCUACCGCAAGUUCACCUCGGCCAGUGACGUGUGGAGCUUUGGCAUUGUCAUGUGGGAGGUGAUGACCUACGGCGAGCGGCCCUACUGGGAGUUGUCGAACCACGAGGUGAUGAAGGCCAUCAACGACGGCUUCCGGCUCCCCACGCCCAUGGACUGCCCCUCUGCCAUCUACCAGCUUAUGAUGCAGUGCUGGCAGCAGGACCGUGCCCGGCGCCCCAAGUUCGCCGACAUUGUCAGCAUCCUCGACAAGCUCAUUAGAGCCCCUGACUCCCUCAAGACCCUGGCUGACUUUGACCCCCGGGUGUCCAUCCGGCUGCCCAGCACCAGUGGCUCAGAGGGGGUCCCCUUCCGCACGGUGUCCGAGUGGCUGGAGUCCAUCAAGAUGCAACAGUACACGGAACAUUUCAUGGCGGCUGGCUACACCGCCAUCGAGAAGGUGGUGCAGAUGACCAACGAAGACAUCAAGAGGAUCGGGGUGCGGCUGCCCGGCCACCAGAAACGCAUCGCCUACAGCCUGCUGACACUCAAGGACCAGGUGAACACAGUGGGGAUCCCCAUCUGAGCCCUGGCAAGGCCUCGAAACCCCGUCGGCCAAGAAUACUUGAAGAAGCGGCCUGGCUUCCCUGUCCACUCUGAGCUGGGCCACCACCAGGGACCUUAUUUAUUUCUAGUUGUUUUUACUGGUGCCACUCCGAGACCUCGGCUGGGGCCGUGGACAAUGCUUAGGUCGGAACUGAGAUGUUCAGGGACCCUGGACUGGGAGAAUCUUCAGCUGCGGAGGAUGGACAGACAGCCAAGCACUUAGCAGGCACCGCCGUGUUCCCAGCAUCCCUUGGGGCAGGAGCUCUGCCAAAGCCUUCGGACAUACCAAACAUUUCCCACUGGACUUUCUCUUCGCCGCCUUGGGGGACGGGGGUGUUAGCCUGAGGGCUUAUGAACAGGACACCUCCGGCCCCAUCCCCUCACCUCAGAGGAUAGAUAGCAAAUUCAGCAGCGUGAAGCCCAAACUGGUUCCCCCGCCAUCUAGUGCCUUCCUCAGCCCCCCCAGGCCCCGUCCUCAGCCCCAAGGGGCCAAACUCCUGCUCCCCAGGCCCCUCACAGGCUGCUUGGUUGUGUUGAGGUUUUUUUUUUAAAAAAUAUAUAUAUAUAGAUAUAUAUUUUUUGUACUUUGUGGAGAGAAUGUGUGUGUGGCAGGGGGCUCCAGCCGGGGCUGGGGACAGCCAAGGAGGGCCUGUAUCAGACAUUCCCUGGGCUGGGGUUGGUGCUGGCAGGAUUAUCUGCCUCUUCCCCAGUCCAUCCGCUCUCUCUCACCUCUUUAGACAACAUUCACUACUCUGUCAGUGUUAAUGACUUUGUUUUGUUGGGUAUUUUUUUUUGGAACCUUAAUUUAUUAUUAUUUUUUUUUAUAUUUAUUGUUAGGAAAUGACUUGUUUCUGCUCUAAAAUAAAAUUGCAGAUGGU